CUCCUUCUCCUUCUUCCCCCCGAGCAGAUAAGAUCGUUCGCCGCACGCCGAGAGAGAGAGAGAGAAAAAAAACACUUAACCCUAGGUAGGGUUUGCUUGCUGCGGACGGGCGAGCGAUGGCGAUGGAGGCGCGGCUGAAGGGGACGGUGAAGUGGUUCAACGACACCAAGGGGUUCGGCUUCAUCUCCCCCGACGACGGCGGCGAGGACCUGUUCGUGCACCAGUCGUCGAUCAAGGCCGACGGGUUCCGCUCGCUGGCCGAGGGCGAGGUGGUCGAGUUCGCCAUCUCUGAGGGCGACGAUGGCCGCACCAAGGCGGUGGACGUCACCGGCCCCGACGGAUCAUUCGUCCAGGGCGGCGGCGGCGGUGGUGGGGGUGGUGGUGGAGGCUUCGGAUCUCGCGGCGGCGGCGGAUCUCGCGGCGGUGGUGGCUUCGGGUCCCGCGGCGGGGACGGAUCUGGCGGGUAUGGUGGUGGAUGGGGCGGCGGCGGCGGCGCGAGGAGAUCUGGUGGUGGGGGAGGCGCCGGUGGGGCCUGCUUCAAGUGCGGCGAGCCGGGGCAUAUGGCGAGGGACUGCUUCGUCUCCGCUCCCGGUGGAGGUGGUGGGGGCGGUGGCGGCGGGGGUGCCUGCUACAACUGCGGCGAGCCUGGACAUCUCGCCAGGGACUGCCCCACCAACGGCGGCGGCUUCCGCAGCGGCGGUGGCGGCGGCGGCGGCGGCAACUGCUACAACUGCGGCGAGCCUGGACAUCUCGCCAGGGACUGCCCCACCAACGGCGGCUUCGGCGGCGGUGGCGGCGGCGGGAGGUUCGGCGGUGGGGGCGGCGGUGGCGGCGGCAACUGCUACAACUGCGGCGAGCCCGGCCACAUGGCCCGCGACUGCACCAAGUGAGAGAUCGAUCGUUAGUUCGUUCAACCAACCACCCGAUCUCCCGAUUAUAUCCCCCAUCUCCAUAUAGAUCUCCGCCUAAAUACCUCUCCUCUUAAAGCCGGCCGGCCGUCGGAGUUAUUGGUCUUAGUUUUGCCGAUGGAUCUGGAUUGUUAAAUUUGGAGCGCUAGCUUGCUUGGCUUGCCUGAGCCGCUUCCCUCAGUUUAUUUCCCCUCCCCCUUCCCCUUCCCCGUCGUUGGAUUCUGUUGGUCGUCGUCGUCGUCGUGUGAUGCUUUUGCUAUGAAUUGGGUCUGGUCUCAGUACUCUGGUUAAUGUUUUAUGAUCGUCAUGAUGGAUUGGUAAUUCAUUUUUCCUGUGCCUGUGGUGAUGUGAUGAGGAGAUUUCAAAAACAAUCUCUCGCUUUUUUGGUUCCAUCGAGAAUUAAAAGUUGGUUAUUGUCCGCUA